AUGAAGGUUCCUAGCUCACUUGCUGCUGUUUCGCUCCUGGCGCUGGUCAACCAUGUCCAGUCGGCGGUUAUUACACUGCCGCUCAAGCCGUUGGAUGAGAAGAUUGCCUCCAUGAUCAAGCAGUCCGCCAAGACAAAGGCCGAUAGACAGGGCACCAUCACUGUGCCUGUCAAGGACUGGAUCAAGCAUACGGCGGAUCUCCAGUGGUACACCGAGGUCGAGGUUGGAUCCCCUCCUCAAAAGUUCAACGUCAUUUUCGACACUGGCUCAUUCGACAUGUUCAUCGCCAACAAAAACUGCACCAGCCCCGGCCACUCGCGCCUGUUCGAUGCCUCCCAGUCAACCACCUUUGACCAGCAGCCAGACCAGCGGCAGCGGUUCGGCUACGGCACCGGCGUCGACUCGACGCCUCUGCAGUACAGUGGCGAGGGCGUCGGCGGCGUCAUCGUGACGGACACGGUCGCCGUCGCCGGCCACGCCGUCGCCGAGCAGCAGUUCCUCCUCUGCGACGAGUACCCCGAAUUCAUGGCCGACGUGCCAUUUGACGGCGUCAUGGGCAUCGGCGUCGAGGGCGCGACCGGCCUGCCCAGCGGCAGCCCAUGGUACUGGGCCCUGUAUGCCAGCGGCCAGCUCGACGGGCCCGAGUUCUCCCUGUACUAUCCCGCCGGCAAGCAGGACGGCGCCGAGAUGACGCUCGGCGGCACUAACCCGGACCGCUACUCGGGCGCGGUUCACAAGGUAAAGCUCUACCAGACGAGCAACUUUGUCGUCGACCAGCCGGCGCUGGCCAUCAACGGGAAGCCCCUCGCCGCGGCGGCCAACCAGCAGGCCAUUCUCGACUCGGGUACGGCAUACUUUGCGGGGCCCAACAAGACGGUCGCGGCCUUGUACCGAGCCGUCUCGCCCAAGAUCAAGCAGCUCAACCACGAGGCCUGGGGCGUCGGGUGCGACAUUAUCGAAUCGCUGGCGGUGGACAUUACCUUCACGUUUGGCUCGGGUGCGGACACGUUCAAUGCCACCAUGCCCAAGGAAGCGUUCAACCUGGGGCCGUACGAGGGCAAGCCGGGCAUCUGCCAGACCGUCUUCAGCAGCAUCGACGAUCUGGGUGGGAGCUUCUUGCUCGGUGCGCCUCUGUUGAAGCAGUACUACACGGUCUGGGAUGGCCACAACCUGGAGAUGGGAUUUGCCGAGCUCAAGAAAUAG